AUGUUAAAACGUACAGUUUCAAAUAUUUUGUCCAUUGAAAUUUGGCAUGAGAUUUUUACAUAUCUUUCAGCGGUUGAUAUAUUUAAUGCAUUUACAAAUAUAAAUUCUUAUUUUAAUUCAAUUUUAUCCAAUUAUAAUCAAUAUAAUAUUAAUUUUCAAUCAUGUCUUAAAACACAUUUUGAUUUAAUAUGUGGUCAUAUUCAACCAAAUCAAAUUCUUUCACUUACACUUUCAAAUAGUAAUGAUACACCAGGUCAAUUUGAAUUAUUUAUAGCAAAAUUUAAUAUUAAAAGUUUAACUUGUCUUCAUUCAUUAACAUUAAUUGAAAUUGAUCCAACAUGUUUAAUUCCAUUAAUUAUUUCUCUCAAUGAAAUACAAAAUCAGAUCACAUCAUUUUCUAUAAUCAAUUGUUUUGAUUCAUAUAAUUUAAAUUCUACUGAACUAGCAAUAAUGCAAUUAUUUUUUCGUCAACUAGAAAAAUUAGUUAUAAGUAAUGCACGUUAUAUGACGAGAAAUAAUGAUCAACUAGGCAAUCUUCGACAUUUAUCUAUUCAACAAUGUAAUAUGAAUGAUUUAGAACAUAUUUUUCAUUUAACACCAUCACUUUAUUCACUUGAACUUACAAUUUGCCGAGAAAGUGGUUUCUGGAUACCUGUUGAUGAUAUUCCAUUAAAGUUAAAACGAAUCGUACUUAACACACAUAUACAAAUGUCAAUGAUUGAUAUCAAAGAAUUUCUCUCUAAAACAUCACAAUUAAAAUAUUUCGAAUUACAAACAAAUAUUAGAGAUUUAAUAUUCAAUGGUGAUGAAUGGAUAUCAUUAGUAGAAAAUCUUAUUACAUUUGAUUUUAAAUUUCGAAUUUCAAAAGCAAUUAUUCAUCCAAAUGCUUUUAUAAAUUCUUUUCGUACAACAUUUUGGAUCGAAGAAAAACGAUGGUUUAUAGCUUAUGAUGAAGAACAAUCACUUGUAUAUACUGUACCUCGUUUUGUUGAAAAAUGUGCUGAAUAUCAUAUUUAUUCUUCUUUUGAACCACCUAGUCAUACAACAAUCGAUAUAAAUACUCCAUUUUUUUAUGAUAAUAUUAAUGAACUUACUAUUAAUCAAUGUUUAUGCAGAUCAUUACCUUUUUAUCGUUUUACUAAUAUUACUAGACUUUCAUUUUCAGGUGAAAUACCAUUCGAUCAAUUACAUUCUAUUGUUGACUUAUCUAAUGUUUAUUAUUUAAAAUUACCUGAAAUUAUUUCUAUUAAAGAUUUAAAAAGAAUUUUUCCAAAUGUUUUUCCUCGUGUUCAACAUCUUUAUCUUCGUUCAUUACCUAUUGGUCAUUCAUGGAGACAUUCAAUUAUUAUGAAACAAAUUCGUAUACUUCAUAUUCAAACUAUAAACUGUGCGUCACAAUUAUGUCAACAAUUUCCUAAUAUUGAACGUUUAUAUGUUGAUUGUGUAAAAUCAUAUCGACAAAUUCGUUGGAUAAUUCAUCGAUUAAAACCACAAUUAUCUUACAUGUCAUUAAGUUGGUUAAAUAAUCAACCAAAGCAAUUAUCAUUUCGACUGUUUCAUAAAUGGCUUAAAAAACAACAACAAUAUCAAACUUAUCGUAGUCAUAUUGGUUCUUUUUCUUGUAUUUAUCUAUGGAUAAAUAAUGAAUUGAAUGAAGAGUAUACAAAAUAUAUUUAA